AUGGACGAAAAAGAGUCGGAUAACGAGCAUCAGGAGACAGACACUGAAUCUGAAUGUGAUUUUGAUCCCCUAGAAUAUGAAAAAAUGUGAGUUUUCGCCUAGUUUUUCAUGAAAAACUUGAAUUUUUCCAGAAAAGAGGAAAACUUACGGAAAGUCGUGUUGACUGAACAUCAUUAUCAUCAAGUUCGACAAUUAUUGCGAGAUCGGCGAUACGAAGAAGUUCGGCUGAAAAAGCAGCAGCUCAGGGAGCAAACAUGCCCCGAAUUUUUGAAAAAACAAAAAGCCAUACUGGAUGAGGAAAGGAGGAGUAGAAAUGUGGGAAAUUUAUUGAUUUUUAUCUCUAGAAACGUGGAAAAACACGUAAAACUCAUAUUUUUCAUAUAAAAUGGUCUUAAAUUUAGGAAUCGCGUGCAAUUUUCGACCUCGAAUCGCAUUCCCUGGCUAUAACCACAGGAGCUCGCCGGGAAUUUGUGGAUACUGAGCAAGAAGACAAUUACCACGUGGCAAAACAGAGUUUGAUCGAUGCGAUUCAGGAGAUUUUGAAUGAGAAGAUUGGAAUGGAUUUGAAGUUGAGGAGAGCGAUUAAAUCGCUGGCUUGUGAGUUUUUUGAGGGGCUGAAAAUGACUGAAAAUAAAGUCUACGAGGUGAAAAUUCCGAAAUUUUAGCUUCUGAAGCUUAAAAUGAGUGAAAAUUCAGCUUCUGAAGCUGAAAAUGACUAAAAAUUUGCUUCUGAAGCUGGAAAAUCAUGAAUUUUCGGCCUGGGAGCUGAAAAUUGAGCUGUUUUUGCUCAUAGAGGAGAAAAUGAGAUUAAAUUGGUUUCUGGAGCUGAAAAUGAGUGAAAGUGCAGCUUCUGGAGCUAAAAAAUCCGAAAUUUUAGCUUCUGGAGCCAGGAAUUAAAUAAAAUGAGCUCAAGGAGCUGGAAAAUCCGGAAUCUUAGCCUCUGGAGCCAGAAAAUCAAGGAAUUUCGGUCUAGGAGCUGAAAAUGACUGAAAAUUGGUUUCUGGAGCUGAAAAAUCAUAAAUUUAGGCUUCUGGAGCUGAAAAAUGUCAAAAUUCAGGCUUCUGGAGCUAGAAAUCAAGGAAUUUCGGUCUAGGAGCUGAAAAUGACUGAAAAUCAGUUCCUAGAGCUGAAAAUUCUUAAAUUUCAGCUUCUGGAGCUAGAAAAUCAAGGAAUUUCAGUCUCGGAGCUGAAAAUGACUGAAAAUUGGUUUCUGGAGCUGAAAAAUCAUAAAUUUAGGCUUCUGGAGCUGCAAAAUGUCAAAAUUUAGCUUCUGGAGCUGAAAAUGACUGAAAAUCAGUUCCUAGAGCUGAAAAUUCUUAAAUUUCAGCUUCUGGAGCUAGAAAAUCAAGGAAUUUCGGUCUAGGAGCUGAAAAAUCAUAAAUUUAGGCUUCUGGAGCUAGAAAUUACUUAAAAUUAGCUCAAGGAGCUGGAAAAUCCGAAAUUUUAGCUUCUGGAGCUAGAAAAUCAAGGAAUUUCGGUCUAGGAGCUGAAAAAUCAUAAAUUUAGGCUUCUUGGGCUAAAAAAUGAUGAAAAUUCGAUCUUCUGAUCCCUGAGCUGAAAAAUCCCAUAAACUCGAUUCUGGAAGCUGGAAAUCGAUCAAAAAAUGCUCUGAAAAAUGCCACGUUGGCAAAAAUUUGAGUUCAAAAUGAAUUUUUUGUGUCACGUUAGAACAUCACCUUAAAAAUGCUCCAGAAUUCAAAAAAUCCAAAAAAUUAAGAUUUUUAGCUUCAGAACCUAGAAAAUCACCUUAAAAAUGCUCCAGGGCCUGAAAAAUCAUGGGAAAAUGCUCCAGAAUUCAAAAAAUCCCUCAGAAUUGUUCAAGGACCUGAAAAAUAGUGCAUUUUUGCUUUAAGAGAUGAAAAUGAGCUUCUGGAGCUUAGAAUUCUCAUUUUUGAGCUUCUGGAGCAUAAAAAUCAAGAUUUUAACUACAUGACCCAGAAAAUCAUCCAAAAAUGCUCCAGAAGCUCAAAAAUCAUCCAAAAAUGCUCCAGAAGCACAAAAUUCACCAAAAACUGCUUCAAGACCUAGAAAAUCAUCCAAAAAUGCUCCAGAAGCUCAAAAUUCAUCCAAAAAUGCUCCAGAACCUAGAAAAUCAUGGGAAAAUGCUCCAGAAGCUCAAAAUUCACUGGAAAUAGCUCGAGAACCCAGAAAUUCAUGAAAAUUAGCUCCAGGACCUCAAAAAUCCGAAUUUUUCACUGAAAAUCCCACAUUUUCCAGGCAUCGACCACGAAAAACCGAAAAAAUCGCCAAAUCUGAAAAUGGCGGAUUCACUGGAAUAUAACUAUGAAGCCAGAAAACGAGCGAUUGUAUUUGAACACGAUGAAAAUGUGAGUGGAGUUUUGGGGCUGAAAUUUGGCUGAAAAUUUGAUGAAAAAUGACCCAAAAUUCAAAUUUUCAAUCUGAAUUUGAUGAAAAUUUCAAAAUUUUCCCUUGAAAAUCCCCAAAAAUCCCAGUUUUUCAUAUUUUUCCUCACAUUUUUUUUGUUUUGUUCUUCAAAACGGAAAAAGUAGAACAAUUAUAUGUUCUACCCUUUUUUGUUGAACAAACUUCCGUAUAUUAGAAAAGGGCACGGAAAUUCAAUAAAAAUUGGGAUUUUUGCUGGAAAAAUGCGUUUUUUGACCUGAAAUUAAUUUUUGAAAUUCAAAAUUCCCCCUGAAACCUGAAAAAUCCAAUUUUUCUUGAUUUUUUGAAAUUUUCUCAAUAAACCAGGUCAUUAGAGUGAUAUUCAACAGAAUGUUCUUUUUUUUUUUGAAAAAAAUUAUUUUUUAGUUCAAAAUGUUGUCAUUUUUAUAAGAAAUCAGAAACUUUUGAUUUUCAAGCUGCAAAUCCCCAAAAACUCACUAUUUUUCUUGAAAAUAAUUGAAAAAAACACAAAUUUUUGAUGAAUAGCUGAAAUUAAAGAGAAAAUAAUGGAAUUCGUGAUUUUUAAGUGAAUUUUUGCAGUAAAAAUGGAUUUUUAGCUGGAAAUACUGAAAAUUUAAUGAAAAAUCCAAUUUUCUGAUAAAAAAUCUGAAAAUCUGACUUCCAGAGCUGAAAUUUGAUGAAAAAUUUGAAAACUUGAGUCCGAGGCUCAGAAUUUCAUGAAAAAUCCAAUUCUCUGAUGAAAAAUUAAAAAAUCUGACUUUCAGAGCUGAAAUUUGAUUAAAUAUCUGAAAAUCUGACUUCCAAAGCUGAAAUUUCAUGAAAAAUCCAAUUUUCCAGUCAAAAAUCUGAAAAUCCUGCUUCUAGACCCAAAAUAACACAAAAUUGGCCAGAAAUCUUGUUUUUUAGCCUAAAAAUGGCCAAAAAUUCUGUUUUCAAGCUAAAAAUUCUGUUUUCAAGCUAAAAAUCCAGAAUUUUCACUUCUAGACCUAAAAAAACCAUGAAAAAUCCAAUUUUCGCAGCCGGACACCACAAUUUUCACCCACGCGGCCGCCAUCGAAUCACCGUGUCCCUCCUCAUCUUCCCCGUCACCAUCACCAUGUCUGACGCCAAAAAUCGAACUAGAACAGACGCCUACAACUUCGACCGGGCGAUUUAGGAUAACUACUUCUUGA